UGCCUUGGGGGUUGGAUUCUCUUCCUGAGUCCCAGGAGAAGCUGAAGGAGCUCUCAGCCAUGGAAGACCCUGGUGAGGCCGGAGCACACCCUCUGGGAGCCACCAGCCUGAACUUUGUACCUGGGUACCAACAGAAAGAAAAGCCAUCUCUAGACCCACUUUAUGACACACCUGAUACCAGAGGGGUACAGGCAGGCGGGUCCCAACAACCAGCACGUACUGUGAGCCUGCGGGAGCGGCUGCUGAUCACCCGGCCUGUGUGGUUACAGCUGCGGGCCAACGCUGCGGCUGCGCUACACGUGCUGAGGACAGAGCCUCCGGGGACCUUCCUGGUGCGGAAAUCUAACACUCGCCAGUGCCAGGCUCUGUGUGUGCGGCUGCCAGAAGCUAGUGGCCCGUCUUUUGUCUCCAGCCACUAUAUCCAAGAGAGUCCUGGCGGCAUCUCUUUGGAGGGCUCGGAGCUCAUGUUUCCGGACCUGGUCCAGCUCAUCUGUGCAUAUUGCCAUAACAGGGACAUCCUUCUCCUCCCUCUCCGACUCCCCAGAGCCAUUCAUCAGGCAGCCACCCACAAAGAGCUGGAGGCCAUCUCCCAUCUGGGCAUGGAGUUCUGGAGUUCCUCUCUUAACACCAAGAACCAACAGAGGCCUUCGGAAGCCCCAUCGAUAGCCCGGCUGAAGGCUCGCUCCCCUCAAGAGCUGGAUCAGGGCACUGGUGCUGCCCUCUGCUUCUUCAAUCCCCUCUUCCCAGGGGAUCUGGGCCCCACCAAACGUGAGAAAUUCAAGAGGAGUUUCAAAGUGCGCGUGUCCACAGAGACCUCCAGCCCUCUGUCUCCACCUGCUGUGCCGCCUCCUCCAGUCCCGGUCCUGCCAGGGACAGCUUCCAGCCAAACGGAAAGACUGCCCCCUCGACAGCUGCUGCAGAGGGAGAGCUCAGCGGGGUAUCGUGUGCCAGGAAAUGCUGCGGGCCCUAGUCUUCCUCCCCUACCUUCACUUCAGGAGGUGGACUGCUGCUCCCCCAGCAGCUCAGAGGAGGAGGGUUCUUCAGGAAGCCCUACAACCUCCCCACGCCUAAGCCGCCCAAGGCACCGGCGGCCUCUGCUUCGGUCCAUGAGUUCUGCUUUCUGCUCUCUGCUGGCACCGGAGAGGCAGGUGGGCCGGGCAGCCACAAUGUUAAUGCAAAACCGAUACACAGCUGUGGGUCAGCUAGUGCAGGACCUACUGACCCAGGUUCGGGCUGGCCCCGAGCCCCGAGAGUUGCAGGGCAUCCGCCAGGCCCUGAGUCGGGCCCGAGCCAUGCUGAGCGCAGAGCUGGGUCCUGAGAAGCUGCUACCACCGGAGCGGCUGGAAUUGGUCCUGGAGAAGUCCCUGCAUCGCUCUGUUCUCAAGCCUCUUCGACCCAUUCUAGCUGCCCGCUUGCGGCGCCGGCUUUCCACAGAUGGUUCCCUUGGCCGCCUAGCUGAGGGCUUCCGCCUGGCCCGGACCCAAGGGCCUGGAGCCUUUGGGUCCCAUCUGAACCUUUCUUCCCCAGUGGAGACAGAACAGGUGCGCCAGAAGCUGCUGCAGCUUCUUCGUGCCUAUUCACCUAGUGCCCAGAUCAAGUGGCUCCUGCAAGCCUGCAAGUUGCUAUACACAGCCCUGAAAACCCAGGCAGGGGAGGAUGCAGGCGCUGAUGAGUUCCUGCCUCUGCUGAGCUUUGUUUUGGCCCAGUGCGAUCUUCCUGACCUCCUGUUAGAAGCUGAGUACAUGUCAGAGCUACUGGAACCCACCCUGCUCACUGGAGAGGGCGGCUACUACCUGACCAGCCUCUCAGCCAGCCUGGCCUUGUUGGGUGGCCUAAGCCAGGCCCGCGCACUGCCACUCAGCCCUGCACAGGAGCUCCAGCGCUCUCUGGCCCUCUGGGAACAGCGCCGCCUGCCGGCCACCCACAGCUUCCAGCACCUCCUCCGAGUAGCCUACCAGGACCCCAGCACAGGUUGCACCUCCAAGACCCUAGCUCUGCCCCCAGGGUCUUCGAUUGCCACCCUGAGCCAACUCUGUGCCACCAAGUUUCGAGUGACCCAACCGGAUGCAUUUGGCCUCUUCCUCUACAAGGACCAGGGCUACCAUCGCCUGCCCCCUGAAGCCCUGGCCCAUGGGCUUCCUGCAACUGGCUACCUCAUCUAUCGCCGGGCAGAGCGCCCUGAGACCCAGGGAGCUGCAAUGGAGAAGGCAAAGACAGGCAGUGAGAGACCAGAGGCAGGAGCAUGGCAGGAGGAGAAAGGGGGUCUAAAGGGUGAAGGGAAACCUGAGAUAGCUGUUGUCCAAGAAAGCAAGGAUCAGGCCAGAGGAGGUCACGUACAGUCAGAGGAUCAAAAGGCAGAGGGAAGCCAGGCUUUGGAAGAGUAGCUAGGAAGAGCCAAAAGGGUUACCUGGGCCUCCAGGAGCCUCUAAGUCCACUCUGCCCAGCUGCUGAGCUUCCUUUACUGCCCACACACAGUGCUCUGUGGUGUCCGCUACCACCUCUAGCCGAUCUUCAUGAGUCCACCUGCUAGACAACAGGGAACUGUCAGUACAGACGAGGGCAUCAUUGAGAGUCGGGAGACUGCCAGACCCUCUGUUCCAGGCCCCUGGCUUCUGUCUGCCCCAUAUCCCACAGGAACAAACGUGUCUGGUAAGGGGAAAAUCCACCUGGUAGCCAACUUCUGGCAGAGAGGGAGGGCAGUCCUGGCUAUUGUGCCUCUCUCACUGCCCAUGGGCACAGGCAGGGUUACUGGAGCAUUGAGACCCUGUGCAACUCCAGUCUCUCCUAAGGGUCAGGGGGUCAGCAGAAUGGCAGCCAGGCUCUUCCCAGACAUUGUGUCUGGUAUAUAAAGAAGGGAUGUGACUGCUGUUCUGCAGAGUUCCUGGAGGGACCCAGGGCCUACAUGGAUGGUUGGAGGCUCAGCUUAGGGUGGGGAAAGAGAAGAAAGAAUGAGUAUUUGUAGUCAUGGCAGCCGGUAGGGUGCCUCUAACAGGCAGCCCCCUCACCUGUGUCGUCUUCCUCAGUUCAGAGAUGGUUGUUGUCCUCGAAUUCAGGCCACAGGAGAGACAGCAUCUAUGUUCCAGUCUUUUUUCAAGAUCAGAAAUUUGCUGAGGCACUUAAAUGUUUCUGGGAAACAGGACCCUGAGAAAUAAUGCACACUUGCAGGGUGAAACGUUUCCAGAACAGAGAGGGGUGAUCCACAAACAUUGCCUUUGUACCCUGCUCCUUGGGCCCUCACUAACCCUUGAUAAUGAGGCAUGGUGUAGCUUGUGAGCCCGACUGUAGUGCAGGUCUGGUAAUCCCAAGAUGUCCCGGCAAACUAGCCCUCCAAGCCAGAGCAGCGGGUCCCAGAGGGAAGCCCACUGCAAAUCGGAGCAGAGAAAAAUACCCACCAAUAACCACAAGAGGGCGUGUACAGCCCAAGAAGCUGCCUGAGGAUCACCCACCCCCUUUGCCCCACCCCCGCCCCGCCCUGUGGGAGGGCUGUGGCUAAGGAGAAUGUAAGAGCUGCAGAAUGCAGUCUGUCACUGGCCUUACACUCUUACAGCAGCUUGGGAAAUGCAGAGCAGAGACCACUUGCAAGUCAGAGAUUCUUAGGAGACAAUUGUUUCCAGACAAAGGAGGACCACAGCCAGGCUCAGAGGUGCUCUCUUGGGCCUCUGGGCACCAGGGCACCAACACACACAUGCAAUGUACCAAGAGGAAGGCAGACUUUCAGAUCCACAUCUAGCUGGUGUAGGGUUCCAAACUAGUCACUAGGCCACCAAUGUUCCUUCCCCAAUUUCUAUGCCCUUGAUGCAUUAUAAGGGGGGGGACAAAGUUCAUCUGAUAUCUAACAUCUGGCAUUGGGGAGGGUGGCCCUGGUUCUUUUUGCCUUUUCUCUACCACCCAGGAGGACCCACACACAAGGCUGCUGGAUCUUCAAGGCUCUGAACAACAUGGCCCCUUAUUCCAUAAUAUGUCUUCUCUUCCUCCCUAGUCCUUUGUACAGGAUGGAGUACUCCGCAGGUGCUCAAUAAAUGGUGUCCACUGA